UUAAUGCAUGCACAAGUAGUAGCGGAACUUGUAUAUGAGUACCGGUGUAGUAGAGUUGUCUGCGGCAAUGACGCCGAGACAUAGGGCGUACAUUGCCAGGAUGCAAGGACAUCCGGAGCAGGCGAUGUUCAGGUCAGAGGAUUACAGGGAAUGUACGCCGGGGGCGGCAAGAAAGACGUCAGAGGCGUUAAAGAGUGAAGUGUUUUAUGUUGACCAGAAUUUACACAAUGCUGUUGUGUUUGCGGACAUUUCUCAGGAAUACAGAGAGAGCAAUGGCGGGUGCAUGGUGCAGGAGAUGGAGAACAGCAGCGACCUGACGUUGGUCAACUCGACCUUCAUAUCGAGCGAACCGGCGCUGGAGGAGAGCGACUUUCAGCGAGCCACCGUGGAAGAAAGCUGUGGGCUUCACCCUGGGCUCAAGAGAAUGCUUGAGCCCGUGGAAGAAGAGCAGCCGCCCGGGAAGAGAUGCAGGGUCGGCAACGAGCGGCAGCUGCGGCAGCUUCAUCACAGCCGCUACAUCUCGUCGGACUUUAUCUCCUCCGAGGGAAUAGAGAUCUCCACCAUUGACACGCACAGCUACUCUCCGUUUGAGGUUUCUCAGCCAUUUUCACAGUUCUCACAAGCCAAGUCGUCUCAGUACACUCCUUUCCCACUAUACACAGCACAGGACAUCAGCCAUGCGGUGUUGAGCAGCUUCGACCCGAUAUUUGGCUCGGAGGAUUGAGCAGCCUUUGGCACAGCAGUGCUUCCCCAGUUAUGUUGUACAUUUGCUCUAUAG